AUUCUGCAAAACCCUCCCUUUGAUUAUUCUUCUUCAGCAUUGUGCUUUGCUUUCAGGGGAAAUGGCUGCCUUCUUUCAGAGACUGGCCAAGGCCGCCCCAACCGCCUUCACCUCUGCGUUCGCCGCCGGCGCCGGUGCCGGCCAAUCUAAGCCCGGCUUCCGCUUUCCAAUCGGAGCACUCGCGGCUGUCUCCGGCGGAAUCUCGUAUAUCUACUACCACUCGUCGGCCGAUUCGGUUUAUCUAGAUGAAAUCAAAGAACAGGCAGGUCCAAAAAUUGCACUUAAUCCAGAUAAAUGGACUGAAUUUAAGCUCCAAGACACGGCAAGAGUUAGCCACAAUACUCAAUUGUUCAGAUUUACAUUUGACCCAAAUGUCAAGUUAGGUUUAGAUGUGGCUUCAUGCCUCAUUACAAGGGCUCCAAUUGGACAAGAUGCUGAAGGGAAACCAAAAUAUGUCAUACGGCCGUAUACUCCUAUAUCAGAUCCAGAUUCCAAGGGAUACUUUGACUUAUUGAUUAAGGUGUAUCCAGAAGGGAAAAUGAGCCAGCAUUUUGCAAGCUUAAAACCAGGCGAUGUAGUUGAAGUGAAGGGGCCCAUUGAAAAGCUGAGAUAUGUUCCCAACAUGAAGAAACAUAUUGGCAUGAUUGCAGGUGGUACUGGUAUUACUCCAAUGCUUCAGGUCAUUGAGGCUAUACUUAAAAAUCCUGAUGACGCUACCAAGGUGUCACUGCUUUAUGCUAAUGUCUCACCAGAUGACAUACUGCUUAAACAGAAACUUGACAUACUUGCAGCUAGCCACCCUAAUUUGAAGGUGUUUUACACAGUAGAUAAUCCAACAAAGAGUUGGAAAGGAGGUAAAGGCUACAUAUCAAAGGACAUGGCAAUUAAAGGCUUACCUGGUCCAGCUGAAGAUACUCUCAUCCUUGUAUGCGGUCCUCCUGGAAUGAUGGAACACAUAUCUGGUGGCAAGGCUAAAGACUAUUCACAAGGAGAGCUCAGGGGCAUACUAAAAGAACUUGGUUACACAGAAGAAAUGGUUUACAAAUUUUGAUUAGCAAAGGCCAUUUAGCUUUUGAAGUGAUUACUAGGAACAGUUUGCUGCAAUAAGAUGUUUUCAUAGGAAGCAAACCCGACUUCUCUUUGAGGGAAGUUUUAUAUCAUUUUAAAUGGAAUCCUAGUGUGCAUAGGAAUCAGCUACUUUUGCAUGAUGAGGUGAAUACCUUGGUUUUAUGAAAGAGAAUAUUGGUACUUUUGCCGCUGAA